CCACCCUUGAUCACAAUUCAGUCCAAGAAAGAGGAGAACAAAAAAAAAAAAAAGUUUGAAAACUUGAGAGAAGUGGCCUGAAGAGUUGAUUCCAAAGACAUGGGCAAUAGUUUAAGGUGUUGUUUGGCUUGUGUUCUUCCUUGUGGGGCUCUAGACUUGAUCCGUAUAGUCCAUUUGAAUGGGUAUGUAGAAGAAAUUACGCGUCCGGUCACGGCUGGUGAGAUUCUCAAGGCCAACCCUAAUCAUGUCCUAAGCAAACCAUGCUCUCAAGGUGUUGUACGUAAAAUUUUGAUCCUCUCUCCGGAAUCCGAGCUCAAAAGAGGCAGCAUAUACUUUUUGAUCCCAUCGUCUUCGCUACCGGAGAAGAAAAAGUGCGGUAUGCACCAUAAAAAUUCCUCCAAGAAGAGCAAAAAAUGCAACAAUGAUGACGUUGUUUCAUAUUGCAAUCGUUACAUAUCAAACGUCAAUAUUUCAGAGAAGAAACAUUCUUCACGUAAGGAUCGCCAGCACGGUCGUGUCGGAGUAUGGCGGCCUCAUCUCGCAAGCAUCUCCGAAGACUAACAAUUUCUUCUUUUCCGUGCCGUGAUCUGAUCACAUCUCCAUAGAUAACCGCGCAGUGGUUCAAUCAUGCAAUGGGGACGGUUUUUUUUUUUUUUUCUUAUACGUGAGGUGUUGGUUUUGUGGAUAUGAUAUACUUCAAUUCCCUUUUCUCUGUUUUUUUGGGUCUGCUUACAAUAAUGGCAGAUCCGGAAUUCCACCAUUUGCAUCAUGAUGGAAACUAUAUGAUCACUGGGAAAAGAAUGAGAGAGAAAUAUUUGUACUAAUGGUAUUAUAUUUACACCCUCAAGAUGUAAGUAAAAAAUGCUUCAUUUUUACAUUUUUACCUCUUCUUUCAAAGUACUGUUAUGUUCUCAAAUUAA